AUGAACUAUAAUGAAAGUUUUAUGAGUGUUGACAUGAAUGAUAAUGAGAUCUCUGGAGAUUUUUACAAUGAUGAAGGAAUGGAUGAUAACAAUGAAUUAGAAUUAGUCAAAAGUCAGGUUUUCAAGUCUUGGAAAGCUGUUGACUACUGGUUGAAAUGUCAUGGUCAGGAAUUGGGCUUUGCAUUUAGUAUUACACACAGUGAAAAUGACAAAUCUGAUAAGACACCUCGAUGGCAUGUCUAUAUGUGUACAAAAGAACAAAGAUAUGUGCCAUAUAAAGAAGCACAUAUACUUGGUGAGAGGGAUCAGGAUCAUAAAACUAUAGGUUGUUCCUUUCAUAUAAAUCUAUAUCAGUAUAAAAAUGAUAACCAAAUCUGCAUUUUAAGUAUUGUUGGUACAUAUAAUCAUGAGAUGAUUCAAAAUAUUACUAUGGUUGAAUCAAGAUAUAGAAGAUUAACAAAGGAGAUGCAAGAUGAUGUUAGAUUGCUCAUGUCUUGUGGUGUUAGAGCUGGUUCAAUUAUUAAGGUUUUACAACAAAAAAACCCUGAAAAUACAUUCAUGCUCUAUUGUGAAAUGAAUCGCAGUAUCCAUUAUCGAGCACAGCUAGUCAAUUUGGUGGAUGAAUUUCAACGUCAGAUAGCCAAUGAAGUAUCAAUUGUAAUGUUCGCUGAUGAUAUGUUUGAUGCAUUCGUCAUUGAACUAGAAGAACUAAUUAGUGACUUAGACCAUGAAUUGUGUGAAAAAAAGAUAGAUGUUGCAAAUCAGCCAGUGAUUUCAGCAAUGUAUAAUAAUAAUUUUGGAUCAUUUGAACAUUGCAAAAGAUUUGGCAUUAUGAAAAAGGUUCUCGAUUUAUCAAUUGCAAUGAGGUGGUAUAAAGAGUUAUAUAAAAUGCACCUUGAUCUAAUGAAAGAAAUGGAAAUGGAACUCAAGACAGAAAAUAAUCAUAAUAAUUUUAUAACUACGAUUAACAAUCCUAUUGACAUUCAUUCCAAAAGUCAAAAACAAAAGAAUGCAAAUUUGGAUAUACUUAAGUCAAAAACAGGCAGUGCAAUUCAGAUAGACAGUACACAGGAGAAUUAUAUUGAGAAUUCAAGUUUAUCAAGCAUAGCUGACAAGGAUCUUAAUUAUGAGAAUAUGUUGCAUUAUUGUGGAAUAUGUGGUCAAAGUGGCCACAAUGCUCAUACAUGCAAUUCAAAUAGUAAAAACAAACCAAGCAAUAAUAUAGUUAGAGAUUACUUCAUUGAUCAGGAAAAUAUUAAUAGUGUUGAAAAUUCAGAUUUAAUAAGCAUAGUUGACAAAAAUUCAAUCAUCAAUAGGCUUCAUCAUUGUGGUACUUGUGGACAAGCAGGUCAUAAUACUC